GGAGAACGUCUUCCCAUCGCGCAUUUGAGAAUGGUGAAUGCCGCCUCGCGUCAUUGUCUAUCUAUCACCGACACGAUGGUGAUUUGUUUCAUGUUAGCCCUGGGGCCCUUCCAAAGCAUUUGAUUCGGAGAUUGUUUGCUUUGCGAAGGAUCUCUCCAAGCUAGUUGGCACUCUGGCACCUCAAAUAUAGCCAGGAUGGGCCUUAAUAUAUGAAACAACUGCAGAGGACGGCUCUGACGUUCAUUAGCCUAGCGCCUCAGCGGAUACCUACAGCAUCUUCUGACGAAUCUCUUCAGUCCCCCGGCUCGUGCGAGGGUUCAUUUUUGCUUUAGGUCUUUGUUCUGUCUUCGUGCCACUGCUCGCUUCGCACAUCAGCCCUGGUCCUGCGAUCUUUCCACUCGAGGCGCUUUGGUUGCUGACUGCUGGCAUAACGUACCUCCAUCAUCCUUGAUGUCGUGCAGAUUCAGGGUUGUGGCGCUCGCAAGGUCUGCCGAGUCGAUGCUAAUCGCGAUUCAUGAUCAAUAACCAAGGCUUCUGCUAUGGCCAGACUACGGCCUCACAAAGUUUGAUACAGUUUGAAGAUCUUCCGUGCGCGUUCUGGAAGAAUUGACCAGGCUAUCUGAUCGCUCGGAUUGGCGCGAGGCUACCUUGGGGUGGACCUAGCACCACAUUUUUCCAUUCUCCUGUGGCUCGAAUUUGCCCAACUGGCCAGUUGUUUGCUGGGUCUAUCCAGUACUGCCAAAGAUUUGGCACUUACGACAGCGUCCCCAGAUCGCAAAGCCGAGGGCGCACCCUGGCCAUGGAUCACCGCAUGAUGCUGCUAUCUAAAUCAGUGCCUUCCACUUACCAAACUUAGCAUGCCUUCCACCAUUCAGGAACAAAGAUCGUUUUGCCCAAAGAACAUCUCUGAUUACGCGUGGACGCUUUUGUGUCUCGGUGCUGCUCGGCUUUGCCAUCUGCAAUCUUGAUAUGGGUUUUUGUGGUCCAGGCAUAGCUAGUGCUUUCACAGUUUGGCCUGGUCAGAGGUUUAUAACGCGCAACACACCCUGCCCGUACUCGAACAAGAUCUUGUCCUUCUGAAGUCUAUAUCGGUCGAGAUAAUUUUUUUUAUCCUUACCUCGCUAACCACUUUGUACCUGCUCAUUUUUUCGUUGAUGGCACCGAGCUCCAUCUUGCUCCAAUCACAGCAUCUGUCAGAAUCGUAGUCCCAACGAGGCAAUACCAACCGCACGCGACCAGAGUUGUUCUUAAAGUCAUUCUCUUUUAUUGCGCUGCAUUCCACCUGACUUCGGUCUCACACGGCGAUCUGCCAGAGCCACCAAAGCUCUGGCAGUCUCCAUGCAUAAUCGCAACGCUGGCGAGGUCAUAUCGAGAUUUCUCCCUCGAUUAUGGCAUACAAGAACCACAUUCGGGAGAAGGAGAGUCCGCAACCUCGCACCCCACCGCCGUGGACAAUCAGCAUUUGCUGCAGCAGUACACGCUGGGACACCCAGAGCAGAAUCCGUUCUUGCAACAACAGGCUUCGGUACAAUCACUUCAGCCACAGCAUGGUCUUGGAACCCCUUCAUCUUUGUUGCAAGUCAGUACAGUAGAAGAGCAUCACGACCUUCGACAGCCCCACAUGUUGCGCAACCAGACCCAUAUUUCUCACCAGCAGCCAAACUAUGGUCCAGGUCCUUCACAUAUGCACUAUGUGCAGCAUGGCCGAAAGCGCAGUCGUCCUCACGACGAUCUACAGCUUGAUAUCCAAGGUCUCGCGGGUCUAUCUGGUGUUGGAAGCACAGAAGACGAGCUUGGCGUAGAGCUCACUCAUGGACGUCACAAUCAGCCUUUGCCGGGGCAAUACCCUCCAGCACAUCCUUCUUCGUUGGCCACACAGCAUCACCAUCACAGAUUACCGAACCAGCCGCCGCCACAUAAGUUACAGCGCUUUAAUUCUCCGCCAUCUCAUCACCAAGGGCCACCCAGUAUGGUCGGGCAAGAGGGUAUGCCCCCUCCUGCCCCGCGACCAAGGGGACCCAAGCUCAAGUUCACACCCGAGGACGAUGGACUGCUUGUAGAUCUGAAGGAGAAGAAGAACCUGACGUGGAAACAAAUCGCGGACUUCUUCCCCGGUCGCAGUUCUGGAACACUGCAAGUCCGCUAUUGCACGAAACUUAAAGCGAAGGCAACUGUCUGGACCGAUGAGAUGGUUCUGAAGCUUCGCAACGCUAUACGAGAAUACGAACAUGAUCGUUGGCGGAUAAUCUCAGCAAAGGUCGGCAAUGGAUUUUCCCCAGCUGCCUGCAAAGAAAAGGCUGCCGAGCUCGAAGAACAAGAAAGAAUAGAGGAAGCUCAAGAGGAAGACGAUAAUGAGGAACGUGCUGGAGCCGAGCAUCCUGGAUCCGCAACGUCGGAAGGCCCACAGUCGCAUCUGUAUCAGUGAGUUGCUAGGCCUGGGAUGAUCCAGCAUCUGUCUAUCUACCUGAUACGGGAGGCACAGUCCAUCUGGAUCCUUUCAGCAUGGAGGUGGAUCUUACUAGCAGGAGUGCUCAUGGGAGCACCGCGUGCACGGCCAUUGCUCGGGGUUUGAGCUUCUGAAUGAUCGCCGUUUGGGCAAGGCAGAUCUUCGCGAUCGGUGAAGCUAACGAAUUUGUAUGAUAUAUGGCCGACUUUAUACAGUGCUCUAGAUAUUUAGGCGGGAACAUAUUUGAGACUAGCACAGCAUUGGAUGGGCAACGUAUGCAUUUGCUUGGAGCAAGCGAUGUACAAACGACAGCUGAUUUAAAUGACCAGUUUGGUGGCCAAAGCCAUCUGGCGCAGGUCGCAAAUGUUUUCCAUGUACAAAUGCAAGAAUAUGGGUUGGCUCUUUGUGAUGUGUUUUGGUAAUUUCUGGUUACGCAAUUAACGGUUGAGUCGUCGGUAAGGACGAACAGUUACUACUGGCUUUCAUGUUGGAGGCGUUAUGCUUGAGAUAGAAAAAAAAGACUACGAAAGCACUCUAGCAAAU